AUGCUAGUGGUCGCUGGCCCUAAUCCCUUCCUCUGCCUUCUCCUCCUCCUGCUCUUGGACCCCCACAGCCCUGAGGCGGGCAGUCCUCCUCAGCGAAGGUUUGAGUACAAGCUCAGCUUCAAAGGACCAAGGCUGGCCUUGCCUGGGGCUGGAAUACCUUUCUGGAGCCAUCAUGGAGAUGCCAUCCCAGGCCUGGAGGAAGUGCGGCUGGCCCCAUCCAUGCGGAACCGGAGUGGCGCCGUGUGGAGCAGGGCCCCAGUCCUCUUCUCCGCCUGGGAGGUGGAGAUGCAGAUGAGGGUGACCGGGCCUGGGCGCCGGGGAGCUCAGGGCAUGGCCGUGUGGUACACCCAGGACAGGGGUCAAGUAGGCUCUGUCCUCGGGGUGCUGGCCUCCUGGGACGGCAUCGGGAUCCUCUUCGACUCCUCGGCUGAGGAUAUCCAGAGCAGCCCUGCCAUCCGUAUGCUGACCAGUGAUGGGCACACCCCCUACGAGCCGCUUGGGGAUGGAGCCGGCCGGGUGCUGGGCUCCUGCCACCGGGACUUCCGGAACCGGCCGUACCCCUUCAGAGCACGGAUCACCUACUGGGGGCAGAGGCUGCGCGUAUCCGUGAACAGCGGCCUCACUCCCAGAGACCCGGAUGAGUUCUGCAUGGAUGUAGGGCCCCUGAUUUUGGCCCCUGGAGGUUUCUUUGGGGUCUCAGCAGCCACCAGCACCCUGGCAGAUGACCAUGAUGUCCUGUCCUUCCUGACCUUCAGUCUGAGUGAGGGGGGUCCAGAGCCUCUCUCCCAGCCCUUCCUGAAGACGGAGCAGCUCCGCCUGGCGAGGCAGCUGGAAGGGCUACGGGCAAGGCUGGCCCUGGGCACAGAGGAGGACAUGAUUCCAAAGCUGAGCUUCGAAGCCCAGGAAGAGGGGGAAAGUAUCUUUGACCUGGAAGAGACGCUGGGCAGACACAGCCGGAUCCUGCAGGCUCUCCAGGGUCUCUCCGAGCAUUUGGCCCAGGCUGAGAAGCAAUGGAAAAAGCAGCUGGGGUCCCUACGCCAGGCCAGGCCUGAGGGAGCCUGGGCCCAGGACCCCUCCUGCCAGAUUCCACUCACCCCAGAGAGUGGAGGGGCUGUGCCCUGGGCCCUAGAGAAGAGACUGGUACUCCUGCAGGACUCUGCCAAAGUCAGCACCUUGCUCCAUGGACAGCGGACUCUUCUCCAGGACCUGCAAGAGAUGAGGGAUGCAGCUGCCCACAUGGCCUCAAGAGCCCAGGUCUUCUACCUGCCUGUCGGUACCAAGCAUCAUCUCUUAGAGCUGGACCAGAUCCUGAGCCGACUGCAGAAGGACCUUCGGGGACCAGUGAAAGCAGCAGCCAAGGACCCCCGCCCACCUGGCUGGCUUCCAGGGGCCUCCUCAUGCCUGCUGCCAGGCAUCUUCCUGUUCUUCCUCCUCAUCCAGACUUUAGGAUUCUUCUGCUAUGUACACUUCAGACAGGAGCAGAACCAGAACCUUCCAGACUGUUUGUCCACAGGCAGCCUUCCUCUGAGUCCUGCACCACCCAUCCCUAGGGCCCUGGGGCUUCUGAGGAGGCAGCCCCUCUCCCCCAGCAUGAAUGCGUGACCCACUUCAAAGCCCUGAAUGGCUGUCCACUUCUCACCACUGGGAAGUGGACAGUGUCUGGGGGGCAUGGAGGGCUUGGCCAGCAUCCUCUCCCUCUAGGUGCCCAGCUCCUACCCACACCUUAGCUUUUGUGGAGCUCCCACCUUAUUAAAGGUGACUUCCCUCUCCCCAUGCUUUGCUACACUCAUUUACCUUCCAGCUGCACCUUAAUCUCUCUGAAGGCUUCCAACUUCUCUGGUCCGGUAGCCAGAGUGGGCUCCAAGCAGACAAGGAGGCCAAGGGCUGGCCUGGACGCCAAA